AUGACUGAAAAUAAUAACGCUAAAGGAGAAGUUAAAAUCAUCAAUACUACUGAUAAUGAAAACAACACUGAUAACAUUGAAAUCAAUAAAAACAACAAUGACAGCAAAAUCAAUGAUAAUGAUAAUGAUAAAAUUAAUAACAAUGAAAACGAUAAUAAUAAAGCAGCAGGUACUUUGCCUGAAUUUGAAGAUAAUGAGAAUAUUUUACAGGAAGGUGAACUACGAACUGUUUUCAAUGAUCCAGUAAACUUUAAUGUCAAACAUCCUUUAUAUAAUGCAUGGACAUUAUGGUUUGAUAAUCCGGGGAAAAAAGCCAACACAGUAACUAGUGAAUUAUCUACCAAUUCAAAUUAUCAUCUUUUUAAACAUGGAAUAAAACCGAUGUGGGAAGAUCCAGAAAAUGAAAGAGGUGGAAAAUGGUUAAGGGCAACUUUAGAAUUGAAUUCAGGACUUCAACCUGAAUUUCAACCACAUUCAGAAUCAAUUAAAAGUGGUGCUCCUCGAGGUAAAGAUUAG